AUGAUCGGCAUGAUCGCCUCCUCCAUGACGCCAAACAGCCUUUCUGUAUUGCUUCUGUAUCUAUUCGCAAUGUCAACCAGCGCUACGGACGAUACACUGCACCCAGAUAUCGUCAGGUCACUGCGAACAAGUCCGACGGGGCUUGACAAGCUCAAGAGCCUCCCCGACGAUAAAGACUGGACAUUCAACUACUUCACCCACCCGUUCCACACCCACACCCCUGGCGGAGUCGUCAAUGCCAACGCCGCCACAUUCCCAGCAACCGUGGGCAACGGCAUGACCAUGGCCUGGAUCAGCCUCGGCCCUUGCGCCAUGCUGCCGCCACACUACCAUGCUCGUGCUUCCAAUUACGUCGUGUCGGUCGUUGGGACCACCGAGACUUUCAUGACCCUGGAAAACGGCGCUCGUAUGGUGAAGACUAAGCUGGAGCCCGGGAUGAUGACCAUAUUUCCCCAGGGCAGCCUGCACACCAUGCAAAACACGGGUUGCGAAAACGCUACUCUGAUAUCUGCUCUGAGUUCUGAAGAUGCCGGCACACACAACGUCGCCAACGGGCUUUUCGACCUACCUCCGGCCGUCGUUGCCGCAGCCUUCGGCGGCAACCCCCUCUCUGCCAAGUUUGCGCAGCUCCGCCGCGAUAUACCAGCAGUUGGCACCGGUGCCUCGAUUGGCACUGCUGAGUGCCUGCAGCGUUGUGAGGCCAGCGAGACCAAGUAG